AUGGCAUCUGCUAGUCGUGGUCGACAUCAUUGGGCAACAUGUGUGCAUAGUCGCAGGGUUGUUGAGCAGUGUGUGUGUGCACAACAUGGGUGGGGAGGCCGCGCAAGUGAUGACUAUGCACGCUUCGAAGUGUUCGACGCGGCGACGGCGGCCAUCGAAGCCCACCGCCCGUGCACUGUCUCGUGCGCCUACAUCGUCGCCUUCGCUGCCCGGGACGCGGCUUACCUGGCCAGCGGCGUCGAUUACUCCGUGCCCGCCGGACGGCGCGACGGAAGAGCUUCUCUGGAACCCGAGCCUCUCAACCACAUCCCCUUGCCCAACGUCAGGGAUCGGUUCGCCGACAAGGGGCUGUCGCUCGAUGACAUUGUAGCGCUCUCUGGGACUAACUCCAUCGGCCGCUCCCACUGCACCUCCUUCGCUCCUCGGCUGUACAACUUCAGCGCCGCCCGGCCGCAGGACCACGGACGUCAAUAG